GAGAUCGAGAGACGGAUCGCCCUAUGUUGACACGCUCGUCCAACUAACGCUCAGACCUCAACACCGUCCUAAACAUCCCCAAAAGCCUCAUCAACAUUCCCUCGGCCGUGUCCAAGUACCUCACCUAUGUGCUCGUUCUGCACAUUGUUGGUCUCGGCUUUGCUGGGAUCGGCCUGAUUAUGGCUCUCAUCGAUCUCAUUCCUGGCUUCAACAUGGUGUGCUUCCCGACAUGCAUGGCAUCGCUGGCAUCGACCGCAACGCUCAUAGCCUUCAUCUUCGAUCUCGCCAUCUUCUUCAUCGCAAAGGGCGCCAUCGGAAAGAUGAGCGGUGCCAACGCCCAGAUCGGGGCGGCCGUCUGGAUGACUCUCGCCGCCUGGGUGUGUUGCUCGGUCGCCAUCUGCGCGUUUGGUAUGGCCAACUGCUGCUGCAGCUGUGGUGGCUCACGCCGCGAGGAGCGGAAGAAGAAGAAGAACCGCGACAACGACGACGAAUUUGACUCAUACCGUCGCGACCACGACAUGCGCUUGCACGCCAUCCGCGACGAGGAGCGCCGUAAAUACGAGCAGGACCUCCCGUCGUUCCAGCCGUUCGAGCGCGAGCCUCUCAACCCUGGACCGCCCGAGGACAAGUACCUGUAUGAUGCGCCGCCGGUCGAAACUGGCACGGGCGUGCAUGGAGUUGGUGUCGGCUACGGGCGCCGUAAUGGUACGCCUAACCCCUAUGCUCAGGCUGCUGCUCCUCCGACAAGCUACGGCCAGACUCUUGGAGUACGGAGACAGCCAUCAACUGGCAGUUCGAUGCUGACCGCGGGCAACGCCGGCGUUGGUGCGGGUGGCGAAGGCGUUGACCAGCCGCGCAACGAGUACGGCUACGCUGGCCAACGGGAACAGAUUGCCGACAACUGUGAGUUGGCUCGCCCGGGCUGGAAUGCCUUGUCGCCUCGAUCUCCUUUGAGCGCCGCUGACACCAGACUACGAUCCGUAUGCCGCGGCCCCUGUCCAGCCAUACGGGCAGGAACCAUACGGGCAGCAAUCAUACGGGCAGCAGCCGUACGCGCAGCCAAACUACGACUACAACCAGGGGCCGACAUACCCGCCCGUCGCAGCGGCAGGCAUGACCUCUCCUACGCGCCAGCGCGGACCCAACGAUUAUUUUAGCGGGGGCCCGGGGUCGUCUGACAGCCACCAUUACCAGGACCCCGGGCCGAGAGUCCACCCCGCUCCGGCAGACCCGUACCAGAAUACGGGUUACGACGACGGCCUCGGCGCGAUCGGGCGCGCGGCCACGUCGCCUACGGGCGAGCGCCAAUACACGGGCGCGCAAGGUUACGGGACACCGGCCCCACUGACGAUUCCCCACGAGCCUGCACCAGUCCAAGUGCCGACGCCGCAACGUCUCAUCAACCCGCAACAGCAGAACAUUCUGCAGAGUCCCGAGAGCGAAUACUCUCCGCAUGGGACGUUUAACAACUACGCGCCCGAGACUGA